GGCAGGGCUAACGAAGCAGGGGGCUCAGUCGUUUGCUUUACCAGUUAUACCAACGCAUCGACAAGGAAGGCUACGAAGCGAACCUUGUCGGUGUGGCAAUUGUCCUGAUUUCGAAUGGCGUGUGGGCAUCGAAUGGCGGCGCCAGGGCCGUGAUACGGGUCAUAGCCUGGGCUUGUAGUGGCGUUCAUAAUCUUGGAAAAGCACACCAUCACUUUAUCGAGCGAAGCGUUCUCAUCGCAUCGCAGGACGACAUCGCUCCACCCGAGAUACGUUUGGAAAAGCCCUCGGACAGCAGAGGUUUUGACUUCAUGACCGACAUGUGCAGAGAUGAACGGCAGAUUCUCACUGCUCACCUUCGUGCCAAGCUCGACGAUCGCUUCAAGGUAUUGUACCUGGUGCAUGCCGCUGCACGUCCAGUCGAAUGUCGGCGUCGUCCCAGACAACCCGCCAUCCCACAUCUUCGACACGUCCGUGGUGUGGAGAAACGGCCAGUACUGCUGCAAUGUGUUGGCGCCGCCCGCGGCCGCGAUACUCGAUGGAAGGAAUUCUCCGUAUUCGUACCGACACAUGCCUGCUUGAGGCGUGCCGUCCGUGUGCGUGGGCUCGAGGGUGCUUGCGACAAGUGAAGCCCGCAUGUAAGGCGUGGGCGAUUUGCACAGUGCCGCGUUUGAGAACUCGCGUGUCGUGCAUGCGUGUGGUGCCCACAAAGCACUGAACACCCACAAGUCUUGAUCACCAAAUUCCGAUUGACUGUACUUGGCAGCAGAGGUUAUCGACAUCACCAUCAUCGCCGUCACCACAACAAGUGCCAGCAUUGUCGUCG